AUGGAUAAAAGCAUUACACACACGGAUUCGGUGAUAUCAAAAGCACAUUUUUCUUCAACGACUUUAAAUGAGAAAUGUCAUUAUAUUGGUAAUGGAAAUUUGGAAACUCUCUUGAAUGCCAUCGAAGCUUCUCCUCAACUCACCAAGCAAAACGGCAUGAUAUCAAAUGAUAACGAUGAGGCAUCAAAAUGCCCUCCUUCCUUUUCUACCUCCACUUCUUCCCCGUGCCACUACCGACAAUUUGUAGUAAAAGAAUAUAAUGGUAGUAACAAGAAUCAAAUUCCGACUGCCAUGUCGAUCUCUUCAUUAAUUGAAUCAGAUCAGCAUCAACCCUUCGCUACCCAAUCUUCUAGCUCUAUACCAUUAACACCACCAGACACUUUUUCUGGACUUUCCACAACUCCGAUCAAAUCAUCACCAAAUUCUUCGUCCAUCCAAUUGUCCUCAUUACCACCAUCCACUCCGAUGACUACACCGUCUCCAAUCGACUCCAUUCAAUUCAUAUAUACGCAUUCCUCUUCUUCUGGCAAAAUUUUUCAAAGUUCUUUUUCUCUACCCAGCAUGAAUCAAGCUGUUGGUGACGUCGAUCGUACGCGUAAUUCUCAACCGUCAUUGAUUUCCAAUAGCAACAAAAGGAAAUGGGAGGCCGUUGAAAAAGUCAGUUUAAUGAAUGUCAGUGAUAGACAUGUGGAAAAAUCAAGGUCAAAAAUAUGUCGUUCCACCGAAGGACGUAUUGUGCUAAACGCCAUUUAUACACCACCUGAUAUUAGUAAGGAUGAGCUCUCAAUGUUAUCGCCAUCGUCGCCGUCAGGUUCAUCACCAAAAGAAAUUCCUCGCUCACAUGAUAACAAUUCCUCCGAUAGCCGUCACAACGCCUCAAAUGCAUGUCAAUUAACUACCGUCACCUGUUAUCACGCAUCAGUUGCACAAAAAUCAUAUGGUAGCGAAAAAAGAUUUCUCUGUCCUCCACCAGUGGUAAUACUCAAAAGACAUAAUAACAAUUGCAGAGGAGAAUAUCACACGAAACCUGAAAUGUCCAUGUCAGUAGAAUGUGAAGGCGGAGAAAAAUCAUUGGAACGAAAGACGUUAUUGGAUGAAAAUAUGAAGGGUACAUUUAAGUAUUUACACGUUAGCGGCACUGCCAAAGCCAAGCAUUUCACCUUGAAAUUAAAAAUUUUUCGCAAGGAUUCUAUCGUCCCACACGUUGUUUAUAAUUCCUUUCCUGUCACAAUCAUAUCAAAACCAUCUAAAAAAACCGUAAAGGCAAGAAAUGUGUCUUCUUGCAUAUUAUCAGGAACACUUAUUUCCUUGUUUAAUCGCAUUAAUUCACAAACUGUACGAACAAAAUAUAUGUGCAUCGAAGGAGAUCAGUUAUGUGCGAAGAAUUCUGCUUGGUCACCUUUUAUAAUUAGUGUGGUAAAUAAUGAUAAUGUCACCGAUGGAGUAAGAAUGUUUUCAUCCGUAGCCGGCGGUAUCUCUUCUAACGGUUCAAACCCUUCUGCUGUCAGCAAUUGUUCAAAUGCUAUUCCGAUUACGUAUGGUUCAGAGAUAACUCUUUCAGACCCUGCCACAGGUUUCAUCUCUGAUCGAUUGAUAAUUCGAAAAGUAGAAAAGGGUAAAAUUAUCCGAGAUGCGUGCGGUCCUGUAAGUCAGAUGCAGAAGAUCGCCUUACAAAAUGUGCGUUUCGGUGCACGCGAAUCUUACUAUCUAAGUGCUGCCGGUUCGAUAACAAUGGACGGUCCUCAAACUCAGGAACAAUGUGCUUCGCCUUUUCUUGGUUAUCGAUCUUCGGGAGUUGUUCACAUACAAAACUCGGAACUUGCGAAAGAAUCAUUUCGCGUUGUACCCGCGCAAUCCUUGAUCUCCUGUAGUAGUAGUAAGGACACUUCGUUCACAACCGUCGAAGAAGUGGAUGACUAUUUAUGUUGGACCAUCGUAGGAAUCUCUAAAUUUCAAAAAGAAUAUUCCGAAUCUUCAUCAUUGACUCGAAGUAAUCUUACUUA